AUGUUGGGGACAAAAAGCAAUCGGAGAGAGACAGAGACACAGUGGGGACUUCUAAGCAUGGUUCACUUGAAGACCAGUUUGAAUACGUUGCUCAUCCGCAGUUCGAGACCGGAGAUAUUCGAUUUGCUACGAGGCGGUAUGGUUCCGGAUAUGUAUCGCAUAUCAAUCAAUGCUGAUAGAAGAACUUUGGUCAUGCCUCGUAAUAUUUCAGAAAACAUGGAUCACGAGUCAAGGAUCUGGUAUGAGUGGGUGACUGUAAACAAUGCCACGAGACCCGGAAUGAUUGACCUUCUUCCAUUCUGUCUUAUGCGAGGUAGAAACGCUGGAAUAUCGAAUGAUGAUGAUCGUGCUUUAACACAUAUCCUUGAAGUGGAGUUCGAAGGGGAAAUACAGUAUCUAUUUCGGUUUGGUAGAAAGCUGGACCGUUUGUCAUUUGGAGGGUCGAAUGGUCCUGGAUGGAAAGUUAUGCGGGCUGGGAAUACGAGAAGGAGACAUUUGGAGGAAGUGGAAGCUAGAAUGAAAUCUGCUUUCCGCUUUGAUGGAAUUAGGGGGGUGGAAUCUUCCCUAUGGUGGGGGUCUGAAUCGGCAGAUUAUUGGAUCGAGAACAUGACCGAGCCAUGCUUGCAAUGUGGCGUGGUAUCUGAUGCUGAAAUGCCGACAGAGUUAGCCACCAGUUUGGGGAUGUUUGUAACAAGACCAAUAUCCCUUUCUGACCACUCUGGACCACCGAGUCUUGGAGAUCAAGACUUGGGCGAGCUGGAGGAAGACUUGGACACUCCGUACCUUGUAGUUGACGCCACCGACGACCAUUCCGUUACAGUUCCCUGCCAUGGCUGGCGACGGUUCGACGUAUAG